AUGAGGAUUCUCGUAGUUUUGCUAUCAGUGUUAUACGGUGCUCAAGCAGCUGGAGAAGUUUCAAACGUGAGUUUUUUCAAUCUUCAAAAAUAAUGAGUAACUGUAGCUCUCUGUUUAUAUGAGAAAAAAAUUCAAAAAAAAAUUAUGAUUUGACAACUAGAUGACAGAAGCGUUUAUGAAGAUUGAGUGGUCAUCAUAUUAGAAGACAAGAAAGGCUUAGGGUUUGGGUUUUGGCUGGGAAGGGACAGGUGCAUGUACCUUUGAAGGGUUUUAUUUUAAAAUAGGACAAGGGAUUAGAGGGGUAGAAGAAACCUUAUUUUAUUUUUGUAAAUGGGGGGAAGGACAUGAAACCCUUUGUUUUAAAUUAGAGAUGAGCAAAUUUCAAAAAUGACGGGGGUAGAAAUAAUUUAAAAGAAAUAUGUCUAGAGAAAAAAAAUUGUAGAUCAAAAAUUUUUUUAAAAUUUGUUAAAUUUUUGAGGUGUAUCGUAAGAACUGACAAUUGCGUCAGAUGUGAUAUAUGGAAACCGGUUUUUUAGAAAAAAUUUAUAUGAAUCAUGUUACCGUGUCAUUUCUGAAACGGAAUCGGACCAGCAAAAUUUAACCAGAGUUUAACAGUGCGGUGAAAAACUAUAUGUAUAUGAUCAAAAACCUUUACAUUUCACGAUACAUUUUUUUCUGAACAUCAGAUUCGUCAUCCUUUCAAAAGAAAAGUGCAUUCUAUAUAUGUCACAAAUUAUGAUGAUCUACUCAUCUCUUUUUUGCUUCCUCUCAUCCCAAAAAUUUCGCUUUUUCUCGCGCGCAGUCUCCGAGAAAAAUCGUAGCGUGAAUUUUUUUCUUUCGUCUGCUAGGAUUUAUAAUGUCCAUUUGGAUUUAUUCAAGUUGACAGCCUUCUUUUUUCUGCCGCCAAAAAAGUCACAAAAAAUGGAAAAAAGAAGACUGGCUAAUGCAUGCCACGCUCUUUUUUUGGCCAACUCUCUCAAUCAUUUUGCCGCGCGCAAAAGCACGCAGUUUUUUUUUCGAAUAGAGAGAAACGUGGAUGCACUUUUCUGGGUGCUUGGUUGGUUGGUGAAAUGCGCACAGAAAAGGCAAUGUGAUUUAUAAAUUGUGAGAACGGGGACUUGAACAUUGAACUUUUAGAGAGAAUCGACAAAAAACUUGAUGUUUUUCAGAAAAUUCAGGGGAUAUAGACAAUAAAUUACGAAAUUUGAUGUAAGGCAAAAGUGAGAGAUCUGAAGAAAAAUAUUUUUGAUUUUCUAUAAAAUGUGUUUUAGGAUACACACUAUUGACAAGCUCAAAAGAGGUUUCAGAGUUCUCAGCCUUCUAGACGUCAAAUUUUAGGUCUUCUUCUCAAAUUUAGACUUGAAACGAAGAUAUUCCUCCUUUAAAAUUCAAAAAUGUAUUCCAUAUUUUCAAUAUGUUUUUUUCCAGUGCAACUACGUGGUUCUUGUCAAAUGUUUCAUCAAUAUUCUCGACGAAUGGGCUUGGACUCUUUAUGAACUCAAAGAUAAUGUUGUCACAAUCACUCAAGAUCAAUGUAAUCAUCUCACUGAACUCGACAAAUGCAUCAAGGUUUGUAUUGUUUUAUUUUGUUUUCAUUUCCACAGUGGAGCAUCUGGUCAUCGAACCUCCAAUUAUCUCAUUUUCCUCAUUUUCCAACAUAUAUAAUUCUUUUUGCGGUAUGGGUGGUCUCAUUAAAUAUGUUCUUUUUCUUCUUCACGUUCCAUCAAAACAAAGAAAAACAAAACAAUAUGGGUGGUCUACUGUUUAUUUCCCAAUCUCUAAUCUGCGCGAAGUAUUAAACGGUUCGCUUGAGAAACUAAUAAACGUUGUGGGUGGUCUAGAGAAAAAAGAAAUAAUAAUAAUAAAUAAUAGCAACAUGAAAGUUUUGGAAUGAAAAAAGAGCAAUCAAAUUUUGUCCACCACCACCACAACCACCCUCUAAUUAUCCAAGAAACACAGAGUUUUUGAAGUAUCGCCGGGUGAGCGGGAAAAUGUGGAGGAGAUGGGGUUCUAAUAAAUAAAUUGGAUUAUUUUAGCGAAGACAAGAACAAAAACAAAACAAUAGAAAGAAUUUUGUGACAGCUUGGCUUGGCUUGCCAUAUCUAUUUCACACAGAGGCAUAACUUGGGAAAAGGGAUUUGUAAUUUGAGUAGAAAAUGUUUGGAACAGUGAAUAGUUUUUAUAAAAUGAGUAGUGUAGUUGAUUUUUGAUGUGGUGUGCUCAUUUGAUAGAUUUUUUAGAAGAUCCUAUUUCAAUUUAGAGAUUUUCUCAUGAUCUACGUCAUUUAGUUUAGAGUAAAACCAAAGAUCAAAAAAUUUUCAUUGUUGAUGAACUAAUUUGAAAAAUCAUACUUGUCAGUUUCCAUCCAGAUUUCUUAUAUCUUCCAAACUUCCAAUGUUCAGCCUAACUCCAACUCCAAAAAAAAUCAUUAUCAAGCUUCAAAAACCGAGUGUUCGUUUGCCGGAAAAGUUCCAACUCCAAUUUGUCAUGUUUCCCCCACCCCAUAUAUGACACCAUUAGCCACCCAUUCAAAAAGUUUUUUUUCUCUAUUUUGCCACACCCGAAACACGCCAAAAAAAUUUCCGGUUCGUUCAACAAACGCGGAUGAGUUGAAAAGAGGGGGAUAUAUUUAUCUGAAUAGGAGGAUAACAUAUGGAAAAGGGUGACAACUGGGUGGCCGCAAAAUUGCCAAAUACAUAACAACAAGCGAUUAACAAAGAUGGAUGGGGGGAGCGGGCAAAAAUGGAUAGGGGGAAAAGAGAAGAAUGAUACCGGAAGUUAAUGGUAAUGGAUAUGGAUAUGGCAAAAAUGUAGAUGAGAAUGAAAAUUAUGCGUGUAGAAUGAAAGGGAAUUUUUUGAUUAUUUAUGGUACAUGUUGUCGAUUGUUUUCUUCAUAAAUUUGAAAAUCAUAUCGAUAAUCUUCUUGUUAAUUGAAAAUAAAAGCAUUCAGCAUCCAGAACCACCGAAUUGCCGAUUCAAACUACAAACAUUUUCCAAAUUAAUUCUUGAAUUUAGAAACACUUGGAUUGAUCUCUGAUACAAACAUACGAAUUCAAAAAGCUCCAAAUUUAGAACAUUCAUCCAAUUAACCUUUAAUCGCUCAAUGAAUAACUAAUUAACUAAAGUCUGCCAUCAAUCUCAAUUUGAAUAAUAAACAAUCCAAACCAAGGCGGUAUUUUUAGUGCAUUCGGGCAAGAAAGGGGAAACUGCCAUAUGGUAUUACGUGAACACGGUUUGUUUAAGGAACUAGUAAUUAUUGGAUUUGAUCUAGGAGGUACUUGAAGCGUGAAGCAUAUAAGAAGUCGGCAACCGGUCAGGGGUUCAAAUAAAAAAAAUUAUGUUUAUUUUCCCAAUUAAAUUAUUUUUUCAGGACGAAGGCGAAAAACAUUCGUGCUCUCAUAGUGAAAUUGUUGAAGUGUCCAACACUGUCUCCGAUCUUCUCACUCAUCGAAAAGAUUCUGGAACAUUCCUCCGAAGUUAUUACUUGUUGAAAUACGCUUGCUCACCAGAAGGACAAGAGAUUCUCUCAAAUCAUCGACAAUGUUUGCAACAGGUAAAAGUUUUGUGUAAUAAUUGGGGUGUACACCUUUGCAGGGGGCCGCCAAUGACAUUUUUAUUGCGUUAUUAUUAUAUGUGAGCUGUUGAUGAUAACAUAUGUUUUUAUGAGAAUUUGAUGAGGGCAAUUGGAAUCCUCAAGUUUUAGGAGAAGAUUGAGAUACUUAUGAAUUUAGGGGUUGAAAAGAAAAGUUUAGUGACUCUAUUUUUUCAAAAAUUUCUACCCAAUUUUUACGUAGAUAUAAUUUAUAAAGGUUCCCACAGUAAAAUGAAACACACAAUCCCGAUCUUCAAUGUUGGGAAAUCAAAGCAAAAUGAGUCACCUUUCAUCAUAACUCAAACCAACUAUUUCCAGGAAAAAAUCGGAGAAAUGACUCUAUCAGCCGGUACCUAUUUGAGCGAGAAAUUCCUCCAACACAGCGACGACGAAGUUUGCGAUAAAGUCAACGAAAAACUACAAGAAUACAUUCGUGCUAUGAAAGGAUUGUGCAGUCAACACGAAGCUGCAAAACUUAUGUGCAAAUCAUUGACCGACAUGUUCCACGGACUUCAUCAAGACAAAUUGGGAGCUUGUCAAUUGGAUUGUAAAAUUCCAGAAGCCACCACUGAAGAAAAUGCUGUGGUGAGCAACAUUUUUUUACGAAUUCAAUUUAAACAGUUUGUAUCAAAUAAUAUCAAAAAGUAUUUCCAGCCACUCCAGUCUGAUUCACAAGAUGGUGAAAAUGUUGAGCAACAACAAGCCGAACAAGAUGCUCUUAGUCCAGCUGAUUCUGCUUCGCCACUCACAAUUUUGACAGCGUUUGCCGUCGGAGUUAUCUACCAACUUAUCCGAUAA